GUGUCUCAGAUGACCCGAUUCUGCCUGAGACGAACCAACUCCGACAAUCAGCCACGUUAAGAGUAUCAGAACGUCAGACAGCGAUUGUGGUUGCAUCAUUGCGAGAUUAAGUUGUGACUUUCAAUGGGCCUGCAUCCUGCUCUGUUUCUUUUCUGAACGCAUUAUUCAACUGUUCUCUACUUGUUGCCUAGUUCAACAUCCGGUACGCAUCCUCACAGCAUUAUCACACAUCCUGCAGAUCAUAAUAGCCUCGAUUGUCGGGGUGAAUCGAAAACACACAGUUAUCGCUCAGCACGCCGCACUUGCAUCACCAAGUUUUCACAUUGUUGCACCCUCCGCUCCUCGGCAUAUACUUGCUCAAGGCCCACAUAUACGCGAAACAAUCCGCUUCCAGUCAGUCAACGCACAUCAAUCGAACCACUUGUGCAUUAACAAUCUACAGAAAUUCCCUAUUGGGUACCACAACGAAGUCAUGGCUAAGACUAAGACAAUUGUGAUCUCACAGCCAAUGGACGCGCGACAUGUCGGUGGCGUCAAUGUUAUGGGUAGUGGGAGCUCAAGCCUUGACAACUACUUCAGUCACAAUGAAGCUGAACCGAAUGAACGGUCACCGCCUGGCCCUGACGGCGCCAAGUUAGAAACACGCGGCCGUUCAGAUACCGUACCGAUUAAUACACGACGACCAGGCCUGUCGUGGAAGGAGAGUUUCUCUAGAUUGAGACAAAAGUCUUUCUCUCCUCAUUCAAGAUCACGUCGUGGAAGCGAGGAGAGGCAUCUACCAGAAAGUCAGGUGAACCACCAAGUAGAAAUGUCUGAUGGUAGUCCCACUCCUCUGAGGACACGGCGUAGUACAACACGACUAGGGCAGAGUAUCGGAUUGGAAAGCGAUCCAGAUAAUUCCGCCUCAGUAUCAAAAAGUCGUACAUUCCAACCAGAGCUCGCAUCAGCCCGUCCCACCACAGCCUCGUCAAUCUACUCAACUGCCACCAAUCUUGAACCAUACAACGCGAUAACCACAUCUCAAAGAAAGAUUGCUUGGAACGAGCAAUAUCUCCCACUUCCUGGAGAGCGCAAGAUAUCUGAGGCAAGCAUCCGCCCACCUCAGCCAUGGGCGAAAUCCAAACGCACAGACUCGGGUACCGCCAUUGACUUUACAAAUGUGCCUGUAGAGGAGCGUCCAAUUCCCUUUCAAGAAAUCAUGGCUAUCCCGAGUUUAUCGGAGCGCUUGGCCAUGUACAAGAAGACGCGCGACUACUGGGCGACUGCAGACCAUGGGUUGGGAGAAUGGGUCGAGCGAUCUGCGGCACCAAAGACGAUUGUUGCGUAAAUCAUGGAGGGGUCUAGGAGCUGGGCGGAUUUUGGUUCACUACUCUAUGCUGUGGAUCAAUCUUGUUACCCUGCUUUUACUAUGCAUGGGUUAGGUGUGAUGGGUGUAUUUGGUUUUUUUUGGAAGCUUCGUGGGCGCUGGCACCCGUGGGUUUUACUCGUGCCUUGUGACGGCGCUAUAUGAUCUCAUUUGUUUUGUCUAACAGACUUGGCUGUAUGAUAAGAUGUAUGAAAGUUUACUGAUAUCCUAGAAUGGAAUGAGCUACUUGUACUAGUAAUGUUUGAUUAGUUUUAUAAGAAUUGUAAUAAUUUAU